GUACAUUUUAUAUUUUCAUACUAAAAUGCAGGGUUUAGUUCAGUUCAGGAUACAGUAGUUUCAUACUAGAAUUCAUGUCGAUCUCUGGAAUCCAUGGCCUGCCAUUAGAGGUUACAGUUGUUGGAUGUUACAACUUGGAAGACAAAGAAUGGGUAUCAAGGCAGGAUCCUUAUGUUUGUCUUGAAUAUGGGAGUGCCAGGUACCGAACCAAAACCUGCACAGAUGGAGGGAAGAACCCUACUUUCCAAGAGAAGUUCAUUUUCACACUCAUUGAAGGGCUAAGGGAGUUGAAUGUGGCGGUUUGGAACAGCAACACUCUGGUUGCUGAUGAUCUUAUUGGCACUGGAAGGAUUCAACUCCACAAAGUUCUUUCCCAGGGUUUUGAAGAUUGCACCUGGCCUCUUCAAAGCAAAACCGGCAGGCAUUCAGGAGAAGUCAGACUCAUAAUGCACUACCCCAAUGCCCAACAACCCCAAAAGUUCAAGACAAAAGGAGCUCCAUCGUUUCCUGAAUAUGCACCAUCAGCCCCCUUCACCCAGGUCUUACCAUACAGUCAUCCACCAGCAGCACUAUAUCCGAGUACGAUGCCAUAUGCAACCCCUCCAUUGUCUUACAAUUCAUAUCCUCCGCCUAGUACAGCAACGUAUCAGCCAUCUCCAUACGCUGGUUAUCCUCCACAGGCCCCUUCUGCGAGCUAUCCUCCACAAGUAUACCCACCUCCCCCUCAGCCAUCAACUUAUUAUCCACCAGCUCCGACUGCAAUCUAUCCUCCGCCGCCCUAUUGAGCUCUUUUUUCACUAAUGUCAUGCAAAGCUGAGAGAAAUCAUUGCGUUGAGCCACAAUGGCUUUGUAAUUGUGCUGAUUUCUGCGGAGAAUUCCAUUGCGUUGUAUGAAAAUAAUUCCCCUUUUUUAAAUCUGUAUUUCAAAAAAAUCUCUCGGUUGUUACUGAAAAUUUGGUUUCUUUGAAUUCACUGCUUGUCUGCAAUUCCAGAUAAUAAAAAGCAGUUU